AUGUCGCCCGCUCCACGCUAUCCCGGUUGGCUGUCUGCCGUUGUCGCGCCGCUCAAGUCCUUCAUUAACGAUCAGGUCGACCCGCGAGACUUGUACGCAGACUUGCGCGAGAUCGCGGAGGGCGAGAGCGGCUCCGUAUUCGCGGCGCGCGUUCUGGACACCGCAUGGUCGCCGGAGAAGCUCCAACCCGGCUCGUUUGUGGCGAUCAAGAAUGUGCCUAUUCUCCCGUCGGGCUCACCGAAGAUCGACGACCUGCGCCGGGAGCUGACGAUGCUGAAGGGAUUGUCUCAUGUGCACGUCCUGACACUGGACGCGCUGUAUGUGGACCUUGUGGAGGAUUCGCUGUGGAUCCGCAUGGACCUCAUGGAGCGCAGCCUGGCAGACGUGAUCGCGUAUGUGGAUGAGGGUGUGGUGAUUCACGAGAAGUCGAUCGCGCGGAUCGCCCGAGACGUUUUGGAGGCGUUGGACUACCUACAGUCCGAGGGUAUCGCACACAGGGACGUACGCUCGGACAACCUUUUGGUGAAUGUGGAGGGGGAGGUCAAGCUUGCGGACUUCUCGAGUGCGGUGCAAGUGAGCCGGCAGUCACCCAUGCGGACCGACCCCGCAGGUGUUGCAUACUGGCAAGCUCCCGAAGCCCGGAGUGGUCCGUACAACGCGCUCAAGGUCGACGUCUGGUCCCUCGGGGCAACUAUCUGGGAGCUCGCGCAGGCGGAACCUCCCUUCAGUGACCUCACUGACCCGAGGCAGUUCGGAGACCAGUGGCCCGAGCUCAGCCAACCUGAGAUAUACUCACGAUCUUUCCACGAUUUCUUGAAUUUAUGCUCCAAACCAAGCUCUUCACGACCGGAACCCCACGAACUGCUCAACACAUCCUUUAUACGCAACGCCAGCGGGCGCCAGGCCAUCGCGGACUUGCUGGGCGACUGUCGGGCGAUCGAGGAGCGCAUGUCCCGGCGGCAGAGCGCCGACUCGACGGGGACGGUGUCGCGGUCAUAG